AUGCCCAUUCGGUCGCUCUCGAUACUGUACGACCCCGUGGUUCCCCCUGACGUCGUCGUGUGCAUCGUCCUCUCGACUCUCCUCCUCGCGCUCAUCCUCAUGCUUCGCCCGCCCAUGUCCAACGCCCCUUCCGAAUGGUGGUCCCGCCUCCGCGCACUCGUCUUCUCCCCCACCUCUCCACGUUCUUCCGCCACAAGCCCCGCUUCCCCCUCCGCUGCCUCGCUCUCGACCGCGGCAGUAUCCGCGCUGUCUCCGCACACUCAACCGCUGUCGCUUUCCCCCGCAUGCGGGGCGGGGCAGCUCUCUCCUGCUCCGCGGACCGGCGCGCUGUUUCCCGGCGGACCUGACGGCGGGUGGGCGCAGAGCGACGGGUGGGAAACGAGUGGCAGUGCGCACAGCAGGGGGGGAGGCAGCCACACGACGUCCGCGCUCUCGCCUGGUGGCGGCAUGGGCGCUGCGGGGGUAACGGCGGAAGAGGUGGCGGUAGUGAAGGUGAGGGGGUUCCACUCGCUGGCGCGGGAGUGCGUGGAGCGGGCGGUUAGCGCGGAGGAGCGGGGGAAGGGCAGCAAGGCAGUGGCGUACUACCGCAAGGCGCUGGAGAUCAUCCACGAGGGGCUCGGCGCAGGCGCGCGCAGCACAUCACCUGAAGUGCGGCGCUGCCAUGCUGACCUCACGCGGUGGUCCGCUGACGUCACCCAGCGGCUGUCCGUGCUGCUGCACUCUCAUUCAGCCUCCCCACCAGCGCAGCACAGGGGGGGAAAGCCCGCGCUGGGCGGCGCAGCUGGGGGCAGGGACGGCGGGCGGAGUGGGGGGGGAAAGGAGGGGGCGAGUGUGGGGGGCGUGGAUGCGCAGCUGGUGGCGGUGGUGGAGGGGGAGAUCGUGGACGCACGACCCAGUGUGCGCUGGGAUGACAUCGUGGGCCUUGAGGGCGCGAAGCAGGCGCUACAGGAGAUGGUCAUUCUGCCUGCACUGCGCUCCGACCUCUUCCAGGGCAUCCGCCGCCCGCCCCGAGGGCUGCUGCUGUACGGGCCACCGGGCAACGGCAAGACGAUGCUGGCCAAGGCAGUGGCGGCAGAGGCGCGAGCCACCUUCUUCAACAUCAGCGCCGCCACCCUCACCUCCAAAUGGAUGGGCGAGUCGGAGAAGCUAGUGCGGGCACUGUUUGCGGUGGCGGCCCAGCGCCAGCCGUCCAUCAUCUUCAUAGACGAGAUUGACAGUGUGUUGAGUGCGAGGGCGGCCAACGAGCAUGAGGCGAGUCGGCGGCUCAAGACGGAGUUCCUGCUGCAGUUCGAUGGCGUGCUCACUGCCCAAUCCGACCAUGUCGUUGUCAUCGGAGCCACCAACCGCCCCCAGGAGCUGGAUGAGGCCGUGCUGCGCCGACUGGUGAAGCGCAUCUUCAUUCCUCUGCCCGAUGCAGCAGCGCGCAGUGCACUCUUGCGCCACCUCACACGAGGCCGUGACUUCGCCCUCUCAGAUGCUGACAUGCAGCGCAUCGUCUCUCUCACUCAAGGGUACUCAGCGAGUGACCUGAAGGCGCUGUGCCAGGAGGCGGCCAUGGGGCCCAUCAGAGAGCUGGGAGGCCGGAUAGCCACAGCCAGCGCUCAUGAGGUGCGGGCGGUGCGGGCGAGUGACAUGCACGCAGCGCUGUCUGUCAUCCGUGCCACCUGCUCACCUGACCGCCUGGAAGCCAUGCACCAGUGGUCUGUUGACUUUGGAGCUGCCCUUUGA